CAACUUAAUUCUUCAUCACUCUUUCUCAUCUUCUUCAAUUAACAACCAGUAAUCAUGUCUUUGGAACAAGAAUUUCUCUUCCUAAUUCCUUCGACAAUGGCCAAUAAUCUCAAUCUCUUCCUUUGUUUCCUUCUCUUUGUUUGUUUCUUCACUCUCUGCCUUAGCCCUGGUGGUCUAGCUUGGGCUCUAAUUUCAAAGCCAAAAAACCAACCCAUCAUUCCUGGCCCUAGUGGCACUCCAUUUCUUGGCCAAGUUUCAACCUUCACCAAUUCCUUAACCCAUAGACUCCUUGCUAAUCUUGCUCAUACCUUAAAGGCCAAGUCUUUAAUGUCAUUCUCAAUUGGGUUCACUCGUUUUGUGAUUUCAAGCAACCCCAUCACAGCCAAAGAGCUUUUGAAUAGCUCAGCUUUUGCUGAUCGUCCAAUUAAAGAAUCAGCUUAUGAGCUUUUGUUUCAUAGAGCAAUGGGGUUUGCUCCAUAUGGUGAAUACUGGAGGAAUCUAAGGAGAAUUUCAUCUACUUUUUUGUUUAGUCCUAAAAGGAUUUGUGGCUUUGGGGUUUUGAGGGAGAGAAUCGGGGUUAAAAUGAUGAAGGAAAUUGAGGGUUUGAUGGUGAAAAAUGGGAAAGUUGAAGUUAGGAAACUUUUGCAUUUUGGGUCCUUGAGUAAUGUUAUGGAGAGUGUGUUUGGUAAAAGUGUGGAGUUUGGUGAUUGGGAGAUUGAGGAAUUAGUGAGUGAAGGGUAUGAUUUGCUUGGGAGUUUUAAUUGGAGUGAUCAUUUUCCUGUCUUGGGUUGGUUGGAUUUACAAGGUGUGAGAAAAAGGUGUAGAGUUUUGGUGGGUAAAGUUAAUGUUUUUGUUGGGAAAAUUAUUGAAGAACAUAGAAUGAAGAGAAGGGUUAUUGUUGGUGAUGAAGAAAAUAAUAACAAUAACAACAACCCUAAUGAUAAUGAAGAUGGAGAUUUUGUUGAUGUGUUGCUUGAUUUGGAAAAGGAAAACAAACUCACUGACUCUGAUAUGAUUGCUGUGUUAUGGGAAAUGAUCUUCAGAGGAACAGACACAGUAGCAAUUCUCCUAGAAUGGAUUUUAGCACGAAUGGUUCUUCAUCCUGACAUCCAAGCUAAACUUCGAUCCGAAAUCGACCAAGUUGUGAUGAAAACCGGUCGAAACAUCUCGAAUUUGGACCUCCCAAAUCUCCCUUAUCUCCAUGCAGUCGUCAAAGAAACUCUUAGAAUGCACCCUCCUGGCCCACUCCUCUCUUGGGCACGCCUUGCCAUCCAUGACACCCAUGUUGCAGGCCAUUUCGUUCCCGCCGGCACCACAGCGAUGGUCAACAUGUGGGCCAUAACCCAUGACGACCAAAUUUGGCCUGAUCCAACAAUAUAUAACCCAAACCGAUUCAUUAAAGAUGAUGUGGCUAUAAUGGGAUCAGACCUACGACUCGCACCAUUUGGAUCUGGUAGAAGGGUUUGUCCUGGUAAAGCAAUGGGGCUAGCCACUGUUGAACUGUGGCUUGCUCAGUUGGUUCAUAAGUUCGAAUGGGUUCAAGCUUCUAGCUCGAAAAACAAAGUGAAUUUAUCCGAGUGUUUGAAGCUAUCUUUGGAAAUGAAACACCCUUUGAUUUGUAGGGCUAUCCCCAGGAAUGAUGUGGGGUUUGAGUCUCACCCAUGAUCAUAAAAGAUUAAAUAAAAACAUAUCUAGGGGAGCUUAUUAUGUUAUUAUCAUAUGUACGUUGAAAAUUAAAUGUGUUUGUUGUUUUUGUUUUCUUUCUCUUAAUCAAGGAGAAACAGUACUUUGAAUGUAAGAAUAUUAAAGUUUGAUGUUAUAUUUUGUGUGGAACAUAUAAUAGCCGGUUUGAUCGAUAUUUAACGUUGGCAUAUCCUUAAAUGUAAAAUUCCGUUAUUAAGUGUGAACUAUAAAGUUUUUAUGAAAUGUGUUUUGUGUAA